GACUCAAAAACGGCCAUGUCCUCUCUCCCAGCACCAGUACCACCCGAGCCAUCCACCAGUGCUGCCAUGUCCUCGCCAGAUCCGAUCGACGACCCGCCCCCCGCGCCGCCGCCGGCGAUGGACGCCGCGCUCCCGGCCGCCGUCGUCGCCACCAUCCUCUCCCGCCUCGACGUCCGCUCCCUCCUCCUCGCCUCCGCCGCGUGCCGCUGCUUCCGCUCCUGCGCCGCCCACGCCCUCUGCUUCCUCCCCGCCUUCCACCUCCUCGAGGUGGUGCUGACGCACAAUCUGCUCCGCCCGCUGCUGCCGCGCAACCCGGCCCUGCGGACCCUCCGGCUGGACGCCGCGCGGCUCGACGACGCCGCCAUCGACUGCCUCGCCCGCCCCGGCCUGCACGAGCUCACCCUCCGCAACUGCAACAACAUCAGCGGCCGCCUGCUCCGCGAGCUCAGCGCCACCUGCCCGGAUCUCAGGGUGCUGUCUCUGAACUCACUUGCUGACCGGAGGGGCUUGGCCAUGACAUUCUCUGAUCUGAAGGCGUUGCUCGAUGGAUGUUCCAGUUUGGAGACUCUUUGCUUGGCACUUGAUUUCUCAAAGUUCGCUAACCCCAAUUUCAGCCAUGUGUGGUCAUCUGCUUCUGAAGGCCUGUCCUCUCUUGAAAUGGGUUUUAUUCCAUUGGAAAUGUUACUUACACUUCUGGCUGUGACUAUCGAGUCGCAACAACUCAUUGGUUAUGUCAAGGCACCUGUCUUUUUUCCUAGCCUUCGGAAAUUGUGCCUCAAAGUUGAAUUCAUUACCGACCGUUUGAUUGGGUCCAUAUCAACAGCACUUCCAUCAUUGACACAUCUGGACCUUCAGGAUUCACCAAUUAUGGAACCUGAAUCUGAAACAGAUCUCACAGUUGCUGGUCUUCAGCAGCUCAAUCCGAAGGGUAAGUUGAAGCACUUAUCUCUCAUUAGAAGCCAGGAGUUCACAUACGCGUCUUUCCGUCGUGUGAACGAUCUGGGAAUUCUGCUAAUGUCUGAAAAAUGCUCAAAUCUGGAGAGCAUCUGUCUUGGUGGUUUCUCCGGUGUAACAGACACCGGGAUUAGGGCUAUCAUCCACUCCUGUUCAGGUCUUCAUAAGCUUAAGGUGACUAAUAAUAAAUGUCUCACUGAUCUUGUUUUCCAUGACAUUGUUGCCACCUCCCUUUGCCUAACACAUGUGAGUCUGAGACGGUGUACUCUACUAACUGAUGUUGGAAUUGAGAGGCUGUCAUUCAACAAGGGUCUCAAUGUUUUGGAUCUAAAAAAUUGCAAGAGUCUGGGUGAUGAAGCUGUAAGAGCUCUGAGCUGCCUUUCCAAGCUUCGGAGAUUGGUGUUGGAUGGAACCCUGAUCACUAAUCAAGCAAUGGAGUAUCUGGGCACUGGAGUAUGCCCGCUGGCUUCAUUAUCUCUGAGGGGCUGCUAUAAGCUAACAAAUGAUUGCAUACCCUUGCUGUUUGCUGGUUCUGUUAAAGAGAGCCUACGUGCGUUGGAUCUCUCAGGAAUCUUAAGUCUCACUGAUGACGCUAUCAUGAUGAUAGCACGGACCCGAACUCCUCUUACCCAGCUCCGGUUACGAGAGAAUACAGAAAUAGGGGAUGCUUCUGUGAUGGCCCUUGCAUCCAUGCAAUUCAAUGGUGAAACCUCCGGCAGCACCUUGCAGCUGCUGGAUCUUUACGACUGCAGCAGGAUCACGGUGCUUGCGAUGCGGUGGUUUAAGAAACCAUUGUUCCCAAGACUGCGAUGGCUCGGGCUAAGAGGCAGCUUGAACAGGAUCAUGGUUGACGCCCUAGUUAAAACCCGUCCUUUCUUGCGUCUGGCAUGUGGCGGCGAGGAGCUGGGGACUCCAUACCGGGACACAUCCGGUGACUGGUGUCGCCACGAAGACGACGAUUCCGAAGAUCUUGAGCCCUGGCAGUUGGACGGUGAGCCAGUAUCCGACGCCGAAACCAUCAGCGAGGAGUAAUGCGGCAGCUUGGCCCUAUGCUGCCGUGAGCCAUGUUUGCUUGCCCCAGAAGGGUCGAAACAGCUCUCAUCAAUCUUGUGUUGGUCUCUUGUUGUAUUACCGGAUAAGCUAUAUUUUCUUGCUGUUACAUUUCCUCAUGUGCCUGUUCCGUGUGCAUGUGGCAAACAUUUGUUGUUACAUCAUGCUAUGUAUGUUGUGUCCAGAUUCUGGAUGUUAUUUAUGGAAACGUUUGCUUCCUCA